UCUUCAUCCUUCUCAGCAUCCUCAUCCUCAGCACCAGCAGAGCAGCAUGUCCGCGUGAAGCAGCAGCAGCAGCAGCUCAGUCCAGAAGGAGGAUCCGGGGGGUUCUGGUUCUGGCUCUGGUUCUGGUUGUGCCGACAGGUCUGGGAGAUAUCGAUCGUUUGGUUCCCGGAGCCUCCGCCACACAGAGAGCGCGCACCGGACACGCCCAGCAGAGAUGGCGAAGGCAGACCAGCGUUUCGGCCAGCGGGAUGGCUCCGACCAGAACUUCGACUACAUGUUCAAGCUGCUGAUCAUCGGGAACAGCAGCGUCGGGAAAACCUCCUUCCUGUUCCGCUACGCCGAUGACUCCUUUAGCAACUCAUUUGUCAGCACCGUCGGCAUCGACUUCAAGGUGAAGACGGUGUAUCGCAACGACAAGAGGAUCAAGCUGCAGAUCUGGGAUACGGCGGGGCAGGAGCGUUACCGCACCAUCACCACAGCUUACUACCGUGGUGCCAUGGGCUUCAUCUUGAUGUAUGACAUCACCAACGAGGAGUCCUUCAAUGCUGUCCAGGACUGGGCCACCCAGAUCAAGACGUAUUCGUGGGACAAUGCCCAGGUGAUCAUGGUGGGCAACAAGUGUGACAUGGAAGAGGAGAGGAUCGUUCCCGCGGAGAAAGGAAAACAUCUGGCGGACCAGCUUGGAUUUGAGUACUAUGAGGCGAGUGCCAAGGAGAAUAUCAAUGUACGGCAGGUUUUCGAGCGCUUGGUGGACAUCAUUUGCGUGAAGAUGUCAGAGCGUGUGGAUGUGGAAGUGCCAGCGGCUCCAGGCGCCAAGACCACCAGACUGACGGACAAGCCUGCCCAGCUACCUCAGAAGUGCUGCUGAUCAUCAUCCUCCCUUCCCCACCUCACUCCUCCCACCCCCAGAUCAAAAUUAAAAAUCAGAUUAGCUCCAGUACGGUUCCUCCACACUCCUUCUGCUUCAGUUUGUGAGCUGUCAGUUGUUACCUGAGCAGCUCCUGAUACCUGACAUCCACAACAACACUUUUGUCCAGUCACCUGCAGGGGGCGGAGUAAUGUUAAAAAGUUAGUGCCGGCUCUGUUUCUAUGGAAUCAGUUCAGGUCAGUUCAAAUAAGUCUGAUUCCAUCUGGUUGAUACCAGCUCAGACCAGGUCUGUUUGGUUAGCUCUGGAUUCAGAUCAGUUCAGAUGGACAACUGUGGUUCAGUUCAGUUUCAUCUGGUUCAGUGUUGGGCACUCUUUCUGAGUCAGACUGGAUCAGACCAGUUCAAUCUGUUGAAUCUGGAGCAGUUUGGACAAAACUGGUUUAGGCUGGAUUACUCCAAAUUAGUCCGGUUGCAUCCACCUCAGACCACAUCAAAUCAGUUCAGUCCAGAUCACCCUGUUUAAAUCUGGAUUAGCCUGUCUUUAAACUGUUUUAGUCUGGAUUAGCCUGGCUUUAAACUGUUUAAAUCUGGAUUAGCCUGGUUUUAAACCGUUUUAGUCUGGAUUAGCCUGGUUUUAAACUGUUUAAAUCUGGAUUAGCCUGGCUUUAAACUGUUUAAAUCUGGAUUAGCCUGGCUUUAAACUGUUUUAGUCUGGAUUACUCUGGAUCAGACCAGUUAAAUUCAGGAUCAGUCUGGUUCAGACCACUUCAGUUAUGAUCAGUGUGGCUCACACUGAUGUUCAGAACGAUGAUGAUCUCAUGAAUGAACCUCAGUAAAUCUAUUUUAGAGCAGUCCAGUUAGGACUUUAGUUUAGUCCACUUGAGUUCAGUUCAAUCUGAAGUCCAGUUACACUUGUUUCGUAUAAACUGAAUUGAACUGAACUGAACUGAACUGAACCGAGAAUUUUUUUUAAUCAGUUUACUUUUUUUUCGUCUGGACAAGUCUGAUUUAGUUCAAUCUCCUUCAGUCCAGAUCGGUAAACGUCCUUCCAAAUCAGACUGGUUUAGUCUUAUUGGAUCUGGUUCAGUUUGGAUCCAUCUGCUUGGUUCCAGAUCACUUUGGUUUGAUACAGUUGAAUUCGGUUCAGUCCUGUCACACCCUAAGACUGUAGAGCUCGUCUCCUAAUGGAUGACACACAUUGCAGUCACCCCUCAAACCUUUAGCAGGUGUAUCAGCAGGUGUGUCAGCAGGUGCAUCAGCAGGUGUGUCAGCAGGUAUGUCAAUAUGUGUAACAAAAUGUACAUCAGCUGGUGUAUCAACCGGUGUAUCAACCAAUAUGUCCGCAGUUGUAACAACAGGUGCAUCAGCAGGUGUGUUGGCAGGUGUUACAACAGGUGUAUCCGCAGGUGAGUCAACAAGUGUAUCACAGAUGCCUCAUAGAUGUAUCAACAAGUGUGCUAGUAAGUAAAUUAACAAGUUUAUGAAAAGGUGUAUCAGCAGGUGUAUUUACAGGUGUAUCAACAUGUGUAUCAGCAGGUGUGUCAGCAGGUGCAUCAACGUGCGGGUCCACAGGUGUAUCAACAGGUGUUUCAGGAGAUGCAUCAACAUGUGUAUCAGCAGGUGUAUCAGCAGGAGUAUCAAAGGUGUAUCAGCCGGUGUAUCAACAGGUGUGUCAGCAGUGGCAUCAACAGGUGUUCCAGCAGGUGUAUCAGCAGGUGUAUCAACAGGUGUAUCAACAGGUGUAUCAGCAGGUGUAUCAGCAGGUGAAUCAACAGGUGUAUCAAAGGUGUAUCAGCAGGUGUAUCAACAGGUGUAUCAGCAGGUGUAUCAGCAGGUGAAUCAACAGGUGUAUCAAAGGUGUAUCAGCAGGUGUAUCAACAGGUGUAUCAACAGGUGUAUCAGCAGGUGUAUCAACAGGUGUAUCAGCAGUGGCAUCAACAGGUACAUCAGCAGGUGUAUCAGCAGUGGCAUCAACAGGUACAUCAGCAGGUGUAUCAGUAGUGGCAUCAACAGGUACAUCAGCAGGUGUAUCAACAGGUGUUUCUGGAGAUGCAUCAGCAGGUGUAUUAACAGGUGUGUUAGGAGGUGUAUCAGCAGGUGUAUCAACAGGUGUAUCAGCAGUGGCAUCAACAGGUACAUCAGCAGGUGUAUCAAAAGGUGUUUCCGGAGAUGCAUCAGCAGGUGUAUCAACAGGUGUGUCAGGAGGUGUAUCCUUAUAGCCGCCAUGACCGCAGUGCCCCCCUCCCCCAUCACGUGUGUGUGUGUUCAUGAUAUUCAGUGGGUGUUCAGUUGUUCAGAUUCUUGUGUUUGUGUUCAGAAGUGUGUGAUUCUCUGAGAUCUGUGUUUCUGAACAACAAGCUGUUUUAUUAAGUAUGAAGAACUAAAUCCUGCCAAACCGUUGUAUAGCAACCACGCACACGUGUGUGUACCCGCCCACCACGUGUCUUGAUAGAACGUACGAUAAUAUCGACAUUGUGUUCAUAUGAUUAUUUUUGAAGUGACUUUGUAAAUGAUAGAUUUAGAGCUGAAUAUAUUGUUGUUGACUUUAUUUUUAUGCAGUGGACCAAUUCUAUCAAACAUUUCUGUAAACUUGUUGUCUUAGGGUUUGAUCCUGUACGAAGAAGCACAAAGUGAUUGUACAAAAUAUUGUGAAUGUUUGUAUAUUAUAGA